AUGAAACGUCUACAUGCAGAAACCUGUGUGCCUGACGAAGAGGGGUACAUUCACAUACCUUGCGUUUUUGAGGAAUCUCGGCUUUCAAAAGAUAGCCAGGAGUUGACGAAGUUGGAGGAUGAUACUGACCAGCAAAUUCGCCAUCGCGCCAAGGCAGAGUUGUUGAAACAAGCACACACGACAAUCACGGGCCUAGGGGCGGUGGAGUGCAAGAUUAGUUCGCGCAUAGAGCGAGUCUUGGAGAGACUGAACCUGGCGGUAGCCACAAUGUUUACAACGUCGUCCUUAGAUGCCGAUAUUUUACACGUUCUUCGACCUGUGGGAAUGGAUUCUAUUGGUAGAAAAUUGUUGCGAAGCUCUGGUCGCGAAAGUCUAGAUGAUGAAGUGCAAGCCGCUGCCGAUCGCCUGAAAGAUCUUCGAUCAGCCCCUGAUGGGAUGAGAGCGGCCAUGGCUCUCUAUGCAAUUCAUGAUGCUAGGAAACGCGAGGAAUCCGCUUAUGCUGACGAUCAGGGACACGCCAUUCACACAGAAUGUUACAGAGCUUGCUGCGCCAUUGCCGAGCCCAACGCAUAUCUGGUUGUUUGCCUUCCUCAGCGCCCGGGAAGGGUACCCACAACAAAAGGAGACUGUUCUUCAGAACCCGACGUGGUUCUAAGAGAAAAGUUGCCCUCUACAUUCUUCGAGAAGCUCUUGAACCCUUUUAGCUUCACUGUUCACAGCGCGGCUCUCAUGCAAGUCAUGAAUUUUCACUCACUGAAGCACGAUAAAACUGUGGGGGACUUCAAUAGGCUUGUUGGCGAAGAACGGCCACUUUUCUUGCAAGACAAACCGAUAUCGGCCAUAAUGGACGAACAGAUAAAAGCUUGGGCGGCCCAUGGCUUGGCGCCCACAUUACUAGAAUCACAUACUGAUUUUAAUACGUUCAAGAGAGCAUGGGGGAAAGUCGACCUCAACGGCCUUCCACUGCCUGACCUUUCAGAUUGGUGGGCCCGUCUAAAUUCUCUUGUGGUGAAGGGACUAGAGUCAUAUUUGGUUUUAGAAAGGCACCUGGAAUCUCUUGAAGACACUGUGUUCACGUUGGUCAAUGACUCUCUUCGGAAGCUCAAGGCUGAUGCCGGCCAAACACUGUUCUUCACAAGAGUUGCCCACCGGAAGCGACAAGGUCCUCUGCAGCGCCUUUGGGAAGGUGCAAAAAAGUCGCUUAUGCGACUUCUGUAUCGUUCACCCAGCAGACAACAUGGUGUAUGGUUUGGCGUUACUGUUGACUUCGAGCAGCUACACGAUUUGCUUGACCAGUUGAAACUUGUGAUAGAAACUGAGCCAAGGCUAGCAAUCAAGAUUAACAUGCAAGAGGCUCUCCUACGUGAGGUAGAGACUCAAAUUCGCAUACAAAGUUCAGAUAUUUCACGAGUACCUCCGCUUGUGCAGCGAAAUAUGGGAAUGUUGGGUGUGCGUCGCGGCUACGGCGGUUUGUCGGAAGGGCUACGUGAAGUCGAGUUUCAAGCGUCUAUGUGUAUUGACCAUUGCAGAGGCCUGUGGCAAAUGGCUCUCAGCAGCAUGUUGCCUUCUAUGUUGCACCCGACUCUGAUGCAGAAAUACGAGAAGGCCUUCGGCACAUCGUGGGCAUUAAAGCACCUUUCAGAUCCAAAUCUUGUUAAUUCGAGGCGCAUGAUAUUAAAGAGCGAUGCGGCCCUCAAUUUCUUCGAUCAUUCAACUCCGAAAGAAGUCCGAGAUGAGCUUAAAGGUCUGGAAAGCGGACAAGGUUCAAUGUUUGCUUACUAUAUUCUGUUUUCCUCUCGCGCCCAUCAGCGUCUAGGGAACCACUACCUGGGACUUCAUCUGCGUCAGCAGGCUCCGUUUAUGGGGAACAUGGUGCUGGAUUGGAUCUCUACUAGGAGGAAGCACGCAGUGGCUGCGAUCAUCUCUUCAUUCGUUCUUACAUUCAUGGGCAUAUAUGCGGUCAUGAGCUUCUUCGACAUUUUGCAGAACCUAGUGGUAUCGGGAGCGACACCUCCACUUGACUGCUUGUGGAACCCGAUAUUUCAAGAAAUGGCCUGCAACCCUGUUCCUGGGGGGGCUUCGCUUGGCAUGGCGUGGGUGACGGCGAUUGAGCAGGUCUUUCUCAUUGGAUUGUUUUCUGGUACAGCUGGAGGAUUUUCCCUCUUCCUAACUAUUAACUCUGCGAUCGCCAUUGUCGUUAACCAGUCAAAAACACUGAUGCGCCUUCAGAUGUGCUUGGGAUCAGCUAUCUCUAGACUUUUGCGAAAAGGUAUGAGUUCUUUUUCGCGAGUUCGUGAGUACUUCAGUAAACGCCGGUCUGUCAAGCGAGUUAUGCUCCAGCGGGCUGUUGCUGGCAUGAAGGCCGGCUCAAUCACAGCAGCUAUGAGCAACUCGGAAACCCUAGAAGCUGCAGAUCAUCUCCUUGAUAGGCUCGUUCGCACAGGCCGCACGAAUCUCCUACAUUCUUCUGGAGUGAAAGCCCCUUUAAAGUGA